CCAGGGCACUAGCUGUGCGGGCUCCGGGAGCCCAGCGCGAAUCCCUGGGGCAGGUUCGUGAUCCAGGCACUGUCUGGUAGCUGUUGCCGCCCUCGCAGCCUCAUCCUCACUUUCUGAGGCUGUUGGCAGAGAGCUCCCGAGGGCCAGGGAGAGGCGGGACGCUGGGGAUGGCCCCUCAGCGCCCUCUGGGCGUCGGGAUUCCUUACCGAGCGGCUGGAGCGCCCUCGGCAGUCGCCCUGGACCGAGGAGAGGAGUUUCCCCCGCUGGGGUCCCGGCAGCCCUGCGGGGGAAGGAGCGCGGAAGAGAGUGGGCGGCAAGAGGCGGAGCGAAGAACGCGGGGGGCGUGGACACGGCCGGCUUUGGAGAGGCUCCAAGUUAAUGAGGCGUAAGCGGACGGCCGAGCGCCUCUCGGGUUUGGGCUUUCCCCCGCAGUGCGGGAGCCAAGAGCCGCCUUUUCCGCUGGGUGUCACUCGGGGGUGGGGAGGAUGGCCAAUUCAAAAGCGCCGCGAGGGGGCCCGGCUAGUGCCCUUCAGUGAGCGCACGCAAGAGGACGGCAGAGGCCCGGCCGCUCGCAGCUCCGGGACCUUGUGGCGCAUCAGGACGCGGCUGCCCCUCUGCCGGGAUCCCGAGCCGCCGCCGCCCCUCUGUCUCCUACGUGUCAGCCUUUGCGCGCUCAGGCCGGGCGGCCGUGGGAGCCGCUGGGGCGAGGACAGCGCGCGACUGCUACUGCUGCCCCCGGUCCCGGUAGCUGGAAGCGGAGAGGUCGAGACGAGCGGCGGGCCCCCCUAUGCCGGGAGGAUGCUGGAGAGCAGCGGCUGCAAGGCGCUGAAGGAGGGCGUGCUGGAGAAGCGUAGCGACGGGUUGCUGCAGCUCUGGAAGAAAAAGUGCUGCAUUCUCACUGAGGAGGGGCUGCUGCUCAUCCCGCCCAAGCAGCUGCAACACCAGCACCAGCAGCAACAGCCCGGACAGGGGCAGGGGCAGGGGCAGGGGCUGGCGGAGCCGUCCCAACCGGGCUGCCCCCCAGUCGCCAGCCUAGAGCCGCCGGUCAAGCUCAAGGAAUUGCACUUUUCCAACAUGAAGACCGUAGACUGCGUGGAGCGCAAGGGCAAGUACAUGUACUUCACUGUGGUGAUGGCCGAGGGCAAGGAGAUCGACUUUCGGUGCCCGCAGGACCAGGGCUGGAACGCCGAGAUCACACUGCAAAUGGUACAGUACAAGAACCGCCAGGCCAUCCUGGCGGUCAAGUCCACGCGGCAGAAGCAGCAGCACCUGGUCCAGCAGCAGCCCCCUCAGCCCCAGCUACAGCCCCAGCCCCAGCCCCAACCCCAGCCCCAACUCCAGCCUCAGCCCCAGCCCCAGCAGCUCCACCCGUAUGCUCAUCCGCAUCCACACCCGCACACUCACCAACAACCUCACCCUCACCAACAACCGCACCCUCACCAACAACCGCACCAGCACCAACAACCGCACCAGCACCAACAGCCGCACCCCCAGCCGCACGGCCACCGGCUUCUCCGCAGCACCUCCAACUCUGCCUGAAGGGGACAGCACUCGGGCCAGACAAGGUUUUGAGGACUUGAGGAAGUGGGACAAGCACAUUUCUAUUGUCUUCGCUUGAUCGAAAACAAAAGUCUCCCCGCCCCCCACCAGAUCAAGUAGUUUGGACGUCACCCGACUUCUAACUUGCUAUCCCUUUUAGUUUUCUGCACUCUUGUCAUCACGAUGCAGGAAACGAUUUUGAAUCAAGACAGCUUUAUUUAUGAACCUUUGAAAGGAUCUUCUAGUAUGGUGGACUUUCCAGGAGCAAUGCUGUACUGUAAUUUUAUUUUAAUGUAUUUUGAUUUAUGAUUAUUUAUUAGUUUUUUUAAAUGCUUGUUUUAAGACAUGUCUGAAUGUAGGCCAUUUCUCAAGAAAAAAACUUUAUGUUCAAAAACCUGUGCCCUAGUAGUUGCAAAAGAGUAAGAAAAAAGGGCGGUGGAGAGGAAAACAUUAACAAUCCAUUCAUUAUUCCUGGGGCAAUUUCAGAAUGUCUGACACUUUCAUUGUUAUGACAGGUGGUUGAAAUUAAAUUCUGUGACAUUA